GCACAGUCGAGCCUUCUCACAACCAGCGUCGCCUGAGUUCAUGACAAACUCAAGCCUGAGCAUUCGCCUUCACGGCACACCCGUCUCGCAUCAAUAACGAACCCUCUCCCACCACGACUCAGGGCCCACGAUCACCAUGUCGAGCACGACCUCGGCCGCGCCGUCCUCGUCGUCCACCGGCACGGCCGGCGGCAGCGGCUCCUUCCUGCGCGCAGGUGGCUCGACGCUCAUCCUCGCUUUCCUGGCGAUCGGCCUGUUCGCUGGAGGAUUGCUCGUCAUGUUCUCCAUGCGGCGCUACGUCGUGCGCAACAGCAGACGAAUGCAGGCGCGGAAUUCGACCAGCGGCCCGCUGUGGCCAUGGGACGACACCCAGCUGGGGCCGCCGCCGACGCUGCUGAUGAGCAUAGGCGUGCGGAUGCGGCGGCUAGAUGAUUUCGGGAAGAAGCCCGAGCUGUGGGAUAUCUCCACUGCAAGGUCGAUGUCGAAGGAGGGUGAUUGGGGUAAAAUUAUGCCCAUCGCUGCAAGGCCAGUAUAUGACGAUAGGUUCCUUUCAUCCCCCUACACCUUAGGCCAGCACACCGCUGCGAGCGGCCAGCAUCCCUCAGCAUCCACCUCUACCUCCCUCGCCUCACCGCCCGGGUAUCUCUUUCCCUUCCGGAUUGGACUGCGGGACACUCGCGCGCAAAUUGCGAGCCUGCGCCCGUUUCGGCCGCGACAUCGCCCAGGUGACGACGCUCCCCCGUCAGGAGAGGCUGACGGUAUGCCCUCACGAGUCGCGGAACGUGUACCGGCGUGCGUGGAGGUCGCGCUAGCGAUCGCGUUGCCUGCGCAGGCGCCGUGCCAGGAGGGCCGUGUCCCUCUCUACGCCCUUGGGGUGACGAAUGCACGAUGGAGCGGUGAGUCGUUGGACCUGGUGGAGGACACGAGCGAUUCACCGUCAGGGAGUGCACGUACCGACUCUGACGACACUGCACGCGUUUCAUGACGUCUGCGAUAUUGUAUGUAUAGUUGUGUCUGCUGUGUUGUAUCUGACAUUUUGCUGUACGUAACUUAUGUAGUCUUGCAUCUUGC